AUGAUCCAACAAAUGUUCUACUGUAAGAAUCAACCAAUGUGUGUAACUCCGAUAAGGACGGUCUUAGCAGAUGUAGAAUUUGACUGUUCUAGUGUGGAAAAAUGCAAGACAAAGAAAGGAAAGAAGCAUGGUAUGCUUUAUUCCGAUCACACACAACCUGAACGUCGCAGACCUGUCAAGAAAUCGAAGUAUCUUCAAAACCCAUAUGAUAAAGCUGUCAACGACUCAAGUGCAACUAAGUUGCAGAAGUAUAUAGCAUCAUAUGCAUGGAGCCCUUCACAUGAUCAGGAGGAUGUUUUGUACAGCUCGUUUAAGAAGGCUCGUUGUUUUCUACUACAAAGGAGUCACUUGUGCACACUUCAACAAGACCAAUGGGUGUCAUCCUUUGUGAUAAAUAGCUGGGUCAAUUGCUUGAACUGGAACCAACCAAAUGACAAGAGGACAAGACUGAUUACACCACUGCUUAAUUAUACUGUCUUGGAAGGACCUGAUGUGGAUAAUAAAAGCAAAUCAGUUGCAUGUGAUAAUUUUGUCAAGAGACUGUCACUGUUCAAGUACAUUGAAAUCUUGGAUAUUGACCCACCCUAA